UCCUUGUGUUCUUCCUCUUCUUGACUCAUUGCUAUAGCCCAGCAAAUCUUUGUGAGUCAAUAUGAUUUAAUGUUCCAAGAUUUCAUAUUUUAACAACUUCUAAAUCACUGGGUCCUCCUCUUCUAAGUUAGGAGCAGAAUUCCCAAUGAAAUCUGUGGUGGUGCCAACCUGCUAGACCAGACACAGUCUGUACUGGUUUCUACCAUUGUGAUGCCCAGUUUUUCUCCAUAGCCAUCUGUAGUAGUGCACAUACUGUGAAUGAAAGUGAACAUGAGCGGAGAGAAAGCCCUGUUUUUAACUUCCUGUUUUCCCAGUCUGGACAAUCAGUGAAUAAUGGCUUCAGGACACACUGCAGAGCAUACUUCCCUGGCAGUGUACACAAACCAUGAAUAGUUUUGAUCUAGCUGUUUUUCUUGGGCCAAGAUGCAUUUGAUGUUUGCUAAUUGUAUUGAGUUUGCAUGGCCAGGUUUUUGUCGCAGAGGGGCUACAGGGGUGGCUUCUGUGAGAAGCUGCCAGAAGCUUCCUCCGUGUCCGGCAGAGCAAAUGCCAGGCUGCUCCAAGACAGACCCGCCACGGGCCAAGGCUGGACCGGUCAGAAAUGGUGGUAUUGAUGAAGAACUUACUGAAGGUAAUUCAGGUGCUGCAAGCACUGGUAAAUCCACUGUUGUUGAGAGUCCUCUCUUGAAUGAUGAUGCUUCACAAGAACUAGCAGAUUUGGAAAAUGAAGCUGCUGAUGACUUGGCUUUAUCCUUUCAUGGAAAGAAACUUAAGAAAAUAAUGGUUUUAGAAGGUGAUAAUAUACCAGAUGACAGAAAAGAUGGUAAAGAAGAAUGUUUGGAAGGUCAAAGUGAGGGUAAUGGCAGAAAAAAUAAUGAAGUGCUUUCAGCUGCUGAAGAAGUACCCUGUGAUAAUAGUGAAAGUGAUGACUUGCCUAUUCAUGAACUACAUAAAAAAAGAAGUCAAGAGGAAAAGCAACCAACAGCAAAGCCACGGCUUCACAAACAAAGAAAUGCUUCAGCAUCAGAUCAGGAUCAGAAGACUGUCAACACCAGUGACUUGAAACUGGAGGACAACGAUAGAAAAUCUCCUUCUGUGAUAGAACAAAUGAUGACCACAGUGUAUGAGAAGACAAGGGAAUUGGAGAACCCAACAGCUGACAGUUCAGAUGGAACAGUGAAAAUAGCAGAAGGGCAAAUAAUAACUGAUACAAUGCAGGAGAUAUCAAUGAAUGGUCAAUCUGAACAUAGGGAGGCAAAGAAUGCAUCAAAGAGCUCUGUCAAGAAGCCAGGUGAAACAAAGGAGAGAGUUCUACAAGACUCAAAGGCUUCUUUAUCUGACAGGUCUCCAUCUUCUGCGCACCUAAAGACAAAGGUGAAGGCUGUUCCAUCAGCUACACCUGUUUUAUCUCAAUGUCUGGGAACAUUAAACCUGUUGGAGAACAAAUGCAUGGAGAAGAAAAGAACAGAAUUUGACAAAGCAGAUAAUUUAAGAGCAGCUGUUUUUCAGAAUUGGUUGGAAAAGAAAAAGCUCUUUCUAAUGGAAUUAAAGAGAACUGAAAAGGAGAAAGCUGAAAAUCUCAGAAACGAUACUGAAAAGAAAGAAGCACUUAGAAGAGAGGAAUCAAUUGCAUGUUUUGAAGCCUGGAAAGAAAAGAAAGCAAGAGAAGCAAAAAAGCUAAGUGAAAAAAAGAAGCUUGAGGAAAAAACCCCAGCAGAACAGAAUAAAGAGAAAACAGAAGCAGCACAGGUGGCAUUCAAAAGAUGGAAAGAAAAAAAAGUGGAAUAUUUAAGAGAGCAAAGCAGAAAGGAAAAAGAAUCUGAAAGAAUCAGGAAGGAGAAAGAAGAGGAACUGAUUGCAGAGAAGAGGAGAAUCAGCAUAUCAGCAGUUGAAAAAUGGAAUGAAAAGAAGGAAGAAUAUAUAAAAAAGAAGAAAGUAGAAAAAUUCCUAGAGAGGAAAAAGCAAGAAAUGCAACAGGCAAAGAAGGAAGAAAAAAAUGAAAAGGCUAUGGAGGAAUAUGAAAGAUGGCUGGAAAACAAAGAGAGGAGAGAGGAGCUUGAGAAGAAGCAAAGGAAGAUGCAGUCUGUCCAUGGGAAUGAAAUGAGUCCUCCCUGGAGGCCACCUGGCAAAGUCACAUAUUCAGGGAAUUACUGAGAAGUUUAUUGCCUUGUGGAAGAAAACAUAGUCCACAAAGUUCUGACAAUGGCUAGUCGCUAUUUCAUUAACAGUUGAUUUUCACUGGAUACAUUGUAGGUGUUACAUUCUUUCUUUUUAGUUUAUUUGAUCUCCAUAGUUUAAAUAAAUCACUUGUCUCUUUCCACUGCUUUAGAAAACAUACUAAUUUUUCUAAUUCCACAUUUGAUGUAGUUUUGCUAUAUUCUAUGCUACUUUGUAUCUUUUUCGUGCAAGUGUAUAUUCAGGAUGAAUAAGGCUGGACUCUGCCAUUUUUUUUACCCAAUAGGUAGCAGAAUGGUUAUUUUUAAGUUACUAGGCCACACUUUUGAGGAGUUAAGUCUUGAAGAAAUUCUUGGAGGAGGCGGUGGGGUGUGGAGAUGAUGGGCAAGGAGAUGUUGGCUCUCCUGUGAUGGUAAAAGACAAAACGCUAAGGAGAAUGGUAGGAGGAUGUCAUUUUCAUACAUGAAGAGAUAAGAUACAGAGAAAAUAAACUUAGAUUAUGUUACAUUAUGAAAUGUAAAUACAGCUCCUAAAUUAAAACUGCAUCUAACAGAAGCAGGUUUUCAUGGGGCCAAAAGCAGUCAGCCAUGUGAUGGUACAGAAGAAUUAAACUGGAAUCCAUAUAAUGUAAAAUUAUAUAGGACUAAGUAAGAUUGUAGCUGUUAAUUCCCUUUCAGAUCUUCAUAUACAUUCCAUAGAUUUCCUGCUUCCUUCAUGAAAAAAUAGUUUUAGAGACAUGUUCACACAAAAUCUUACAUAAGAAUUCAAGGGCAGAACAGUGGUACUCUUGUGAGGCAAA